AUGCACACGCCCGCCGUCUUUUACGUCCGGCCGCUUCUGUGGGACGAGCUCAAGCGGACGGCCAACCCGGCUGAGAUCAACGAGCUCCGGCAUGUCCUUGGCACGCGCUACAUUGACGAGAACGAGGGACUCAACAAUGAACUGCAAGCCUUUGUUCAGAUCUUAGGGGACUACCAGCGCCAGAACGACAGCAUUCGUGAGGCGAUCGUGAGUCGACCGGCGCUGCCCGAGCCACCAGGCCGCGCAUUGCUCCUCGACCAGCUCAAGCUUCUCGCGAGCAACCUCACCGAGAAAAACAGGCCGCUGCCGCUGCGCUCGGAGCGCGACAAGGCGCUGUUUGGCUACAUCUUGCACGCCCAAGACGGCGACGACCAGCAGCAGAAUGAUGCAUCGAUGUCCGCAUCGUCGUCGGGGCUCCUCACACCGCGCAUGAAAGACUACCACGUCUCCGUGUACCCACCGAGCGACCAAGGCGUCUUGAUACGCCCGGGCACGGCCGAUCGGAAGCGGCCAGCGACCGCGCAGUCGCGGCCACCGUCGCGCAGCGGCCUCCUCUCGCGCGGCUCGACGGCGUCGAUCGCAUCGGCCCCCGCGGUCCUCGAAGACCUGGGCUGCGUCGACAUUCGGCAAAUCGACGCAGUCAAGGACAAGCUACGCGAGGCCCUUCUCGAAGAAAAAUCCCAGCUCCUCGACGACAUCGACUUUAUCCAGGGGUGCCUGGACAUGGAGCAAGAUUUGAUCGAAGAAGACACGCGCAAGGCACCGGCGCCGCUGCCGUCCAUGAAGGAUCUCAAUGACUUUCGAAGAGCGCUCGAAGAGGCGUGGAUAGACCAGGACGAGCAAGCGCAGCUUCAAGACCGCAUGGCCAAGGCAGACGAAACGAUCGAGCGCCGAAGGCUCGGGCUCGACGAAUGCAAGCCCAAGCCACCGCCGAGCGACGCGCCGCGCGGGGCGCGGCCCUCACCAGGCGCACCCAAGAAGAAGUCGUCGAGUUUCAAGGUGCACCGGGUGCGCGAGCUCGUCCAGAACGUCCGCGACGAGCCGUUCUUGAGUUAGAGAGAGCUUGGUGUACACUCAAAGACUAUUUAGUUGCCA